AUGUAUGUGACGCAUACAACUUGUUCAGCUGAACGACCAUCGAUUGCAGCAGUUGUUGGUUCACGUGAUCCUACAAAUUCUCUUUAUGCUACUCGUCUUAGUGAACAAUAUCCAAAAUCGGGACGUUGUUCAAUGGAAAUUAUCAAAGAUUUGGAUAAAAUGGUUGUUGAAUUACUUGAACUAUUUGCUCGCUCAUGUGGAACUCGUUUGCCAAAUAAAAUUGUCUUUUAUCGCGACGGAGUUGAUGAUGGUCAAUAUCAAAAAGUACUUGAUAAUGAAGUUGCGAAAAUAAAACAAGCAUUUCGAACUAUUUAUGUUAAUCGUGCACAACCAAAAUUGACGUUUAUUAUUGUAAAGAAGAGGCAUAAUACACGAUUUUUUGCUUAUGAUGGACAAGCAACAAAAAAUGUUGAAGCAGGAACAGUUGUUGAUCAACAAAUAACUCAUCCAUCACAAUUUGAUUUUUAUUUAUGUUCUCAAGCCGCACUCAUGGGAACAUCUCGUCCGGCUCUCUAUCAUAUUCUUCACGAUGAAAUUGGUUUUUCAAGUGAUGAAAUUCAACAAUUAACAUAUUGGCUUUGUCAUACCGAUGCUCGCUGUUCAAAAGCAGUAUCAAUACCGGCACCCAUUCAUUAUGCUCAUCUAGCUGCCUAUGCAUCACGUACAUUUGAUUUUGAUGAUAAUCAUGAGCAAGAAUGUGAGGAUGGAUUUAUUGAAAACUCAGAAUGCGUUUCAAUCGAUGAUAUAAAAACAAAACUAAUGGUACUUGAUCCUAAAAUGGAAAAUGAAAUGUGGUUUGUUUAA